AUGGCUCUCAUUGCCAUUGUAGUCCUUCUCUCUAUUCUCUACCUCACCACCCUCAUCAUCUACAACCUCUACCUCCAUCCUCUUUCCAUCUACCCCGGCCCUCUGCUCUGGCGUGCAUUUCGCUUCCCUUUCAUCCAUGCCAAUAUCAGUGGUCACCUGCCCCAUCGCAUCCGGGAUCUUCAUACCCAAUAUGGCGACAUUGUCCGCGUCGCCCCCGACGAACUAUCUUUCCUCGACCCCCGAGCCUGGCGCGAUAUCUACACAGACCGCGAGUUUGUCCGUCCCCACCAAUACAAGGACCAACCUCCCGGAAAGACUGCUGCGAACUUGAUCGCAUGCUCGGAGGAAGAACAUGCUCGUCUUCGCAAGAACCUCGCACCGGGGUUCUCUGAGAAAUUUACCGCGUUGCAGGAGCCGAUUGUUCAGAAGUAUAUUGACACGCUAUUCGACAAGCUCGAUGCGAAGAUUUCUACUAAGGAAGGCGAAAAGAAAAGUGCUGACGUGGACCUGGUGGAAUGGAUCAAUUACCUCGCUUUUGAUGUGAUCGGCGAUCUGACAUGGGGUAGCUCAUUUGGAUGUCUGGAGGGACUGCAGUAUCAUCCGUGGGUGCAAACUGUCAGUCAGUUCAAAGCUGCUAUUAUCGUCGGGUCGAUAAAGUUCUAUCCCAUGCUUUACCGGCUGCUUCUGGCAAUUACUCCCGCAGACGCGCUAAAACCAGUUAUGGAGAUGUGGAAAGUCACGGACGAAAAAGUCGCACAGCGAGUGGCAGCCAGUUCAGCUGGUGCUACUUCGACCACACACCCAGAUUUCGUGGGCACAAUGAUAGCUUCAAAGGCCAUGACGCAGGAAGAAAUGGAAGUCAACUCGAUGAUGAUCGUCGCAGCGGGAAGCGAGUCAAUCACUACCCUUAUCACAGGUAUCAUCAACUACCUCUUGCGAGAGAAGGACCAGAAGACCCUACAGAGAUUGGUGGACCUCCUCCACCAGACCUUCUCCACAGAACAAGACAUAACAGCCACCCGGCUCAAGUCUCUCCCGUACCUCGAUGCAGUCCUCAUGGAAGGCAUGCGGCUUUGCCCCACUAUCCCGGACGCGAUGCGCCGACAGGUCCCGCGCGGUGGAGCAACAGUAGCCGGCCAAUAUGUACCCGAGGGGAUGAUUGUCUCUAUCCCUCCAUUUGCGUCUUACCGCGCGGCACGGAAUUUCACUCACCCGAAUGAGUUUGCGCCAGAACGAUGGUUAGAAGAAGACGAGCGGUUCCGUGGAGACAGUGCGAGACAGAAGGAAGCGUUCAAUCCGUUUUCGUUGGGACCACAUAAUUGUCCGGGACAGAAUCUGGCGUGGAUGGAACUGAGACUUAUUCUGGCGCGACUUCUAUGGAGAUAUGAUCUGUCUACAAGUGUGGAGUUGCCGAUUUGGGGAGAGCAGGGGAUAUGGUGGUUUUGGGAUAAGAAGCCGCUUGUUGUGAAGGUUCAACGUAGUCAUUAG